AUGUUCGGGCGGAUAGAUCUUUUAAACAAGCUAUUUUUUAAUUGGUCUUCACGAAUCCUCCUUAUUUGGCUCACAUUAUCCCAAGUCUGCAACGCAAGCCUAUUACUUUAUAAUAAAAGUCAUGAACUUAUUGAAAGCUAUUCUACUGUAGACUUUAUGUGGAUUGAUACACCAUCAUCAUUCGAAAUGAUUAAUGGUACCAUUACGAUUGCCUCCUUUAGCAAUAACAAUUCUUGUACUUUAAAUUCGGUUCCUAUAAAUACUGUCAUACUAUUGGUACCAUUUAAUGAAGGAUUGAAUUAUGGUUGUUCAUCUUACGCGGAUAUAAUUGAAAAUAAUAUAUGGCUUCAAACAAUAAAUCAACCAGUUAAUGUAAAUGCCACUGUAAUUUCAUCACCAUCUACGACACAACAAUCCACGAUGACAAAUGAAUAUAUCGCUACAAAUUCACCCACCAAGACAAAAAAUCAGGAUCCUUCUAUAACAAUGAUUGAAAUAUCAUAUGAGACGGAAUCACUGGCGCGUCCAAAUAAACGCGUAAUCAAAGAACAUAUAAAGCCACGUAAUAUAAUAAAAUAUUUAUCACUUGAUAGUCUUAAUAGUCAACCACAAAUAAAAGUAGUGAUAUUUACUUCAAUGAAUAAUGGAGAUCCGGGCAUUAAGGAAAAUUAUGUUGCAAGAAAAAGUGAUUUAGUUCCUAUAGUUGAACCGAAUACUCCAAGAAAUAAUGAACAAAAUGGAAGGACUUCUCAAAGAAAUAAUGAGCAAAUAAGGAUGGUUCGGAUGAAUAAAAAAAUUUUUGAGGCUGGUGUAUUAACAAUGUCCUUGAUACUAUCCUUUCUCUUCAUCACUGUUCAUACAUUGGUUACAGCUUUCUUAAGCCCGACAAUUCUCAAUUUUUGGAUAACUCGUAUCACUGAUGACGUCUCGUUUAUCAUUGGAUGCAUCGUUCUUUUAAUAACAUUACAUUCGGAUUCUAUAUCAAAAUAUUCGCAUAUGACAUACGCAAGUAGCCCAGAAGAGUCAAGUACAGAGAAUUCACAGAAUCCCUCAAGAUCAUCAUCUAAUGGCGGAGGAACAAAUAUACAGGAUCGUCCAAGAAGAAACACUUUGGAAAUUUUAUUUGGAAGGAGAAAAGAAUCCUUUACGAUGGCGAUGCAAAAGAAGGAAUUUUUCAAUGAUACGUUAUAA